AUGCAAUCUAAAACGAAGCCUUAUUCUUUGAAAAGCACGGUGUGGCAUAACGCUCUUCCUAAGAGGAGUUCAGUUGUGAUAUGGAAGGCUUUGUCGGGGAGUCUCAGCUUUGAUGAUAGGGUACGUCAAAUUGGAGUGGCUAUGGCGUCUCGGUGCAAUUGUUGCACGACUGGCCAUGAGGAGGACUCAAACCAUGUUUUAAGUGCUGGAGACUUUGCAGAUGAGGUGUGGAGGAGACUUUCAUUGGCACUUAGUGUUAGGUGGCGUACAAGGCAGUCCUGGUGGGAUAGGAUAAAAUUUGGUGGCAAGAGCUAUGAGAUCCUCUCAACUAGGAUGCUUACAAUGAUUUAUCCCAUGUUUAGUAACUUGAAGCACUUAGCAACUAAUGUUAAAAAGACCAGAGUAUUAACACGGGAAGAGGAAAAGUUUCUAACAGAUAUGGGCAUUCCUUGUGUCGUCAGGAUAUUAUCACCAGUACAUUUGGUGACUUGGAAGAAACCGAUGCUUGGGAGAGCAAAGCUUAAUGUAGAUGGAAGUAGUUUGGGAAACCCGAGCCAGGCAUGUGGAGGAGGAGUGAUUUGUAAUGAUAAAGGGAUGGUGCUGGCAGCGUUUGCCACUAAUUUUGGGAUAGCAUCGAAUAAUGAAGCUGAGCUGAGAGCUCUGCUUGAGGGUCUUAAACUUUGCCAACAUAUAGGAGUUUUCCAUGUUGAUGUUGAAUGUGAUUCCAAGAUUGUUGUAGAAUGGAUGUUGAAACGCAAGUGCACUGUUUGGUAUUUGUGGGAUUUUUGGGAGGAGUUAUUGAAUUUGAUGAAUUUAUUUGAGAUUCAGGUAUCACACCAGUUUCAGGAAGGGAAUCAAGUGGCGGAUUUCCUAGCAAAAAUGGGUGCACAUGGAGUAACGCAGCGUUUUAGUAUUGGCUUGCCUAUGUAUGCUCGAGGUCUUGCACGAUUGGACCGCAUUGGAGUUCCCUAUAUUCGAAAGUGA